CAGUUAAUAUGUUAGUUACAUUUUACACAACAUUAUUCCUCAAUUGUAAGAAAGGUAUAGCAUGCGCAUUAGCUCCAGGGCAGAACAACAUUCGUUGGUUCAUGCGAUUUUCUAGACUUCAAGGAAGAAGCAAGCGUGUGUUCAAAUUUAGCUAUAAAAUACUGGCCAGUUCAUGUCUUCGGAGGGCGAUUGGAACAACUGAUUAUUUGAAAGAAAUGAGUGAUCCAUAUUUAGUUGUUGAAAUGGAAAAACAGUCGGCGAGAAGGUCAGACACUGACCCAAAAGCAUCUAUACUGUUAACGGAAUGCGUGGAAAAGAGCGCCGGAUAUUUGGUUAUAAGUGAUUUUGGCCAUACUAUAUGA